GCCUGCUCCUGCGACACUCCAAGGCCCAGCCGCCGCAUUCGCCCUCGCCUCGGCCCGCACCUCCAGCCAUGACGACCGCACCGCCCCCGUUUGUCAGCGAAAACUACCACCCCGAAUGCGAGGCCGCCAUCAACUACCAGAUCUCCCUGGAGCUCUAUGCCUCUCACAAGUUCGAGACCAUGGCCUCUUACUUCAACUGCGAAGACGUGGCCUGGAAGCCCUUCGCCCAGUUCUUCCUGCAGCAGUCCAGCCAGGAGCUGCAGCAUGCCCAGAGCCUGAUGUGGCUGCAGAACCAGCGCGGGGGCCGCCUCAGCCUGCAGGAUAUCUACAGUCCUGACCCCAGCUGCUGGGAGAACGCCUUAACCGUCAUGGAGUGCGCCUUCCACCUGAAGAUGAGCGUGAACCAGAGCCUAUUCGAUCUGCAGCACCUGGCCACCGAGAUGAAGGACGCCCACCUGUGCGACUUCCUCAAGAGUCACUACCUGUUAGAGCAAAUGAAGUUCAUCCAAGAGCUAGAGGACCACAUCACCAACCUGCGCAAGAUGGGAGCCCUGGAAACCGGCCUGGCAGAGGACCUGUGUGCUAAGCUCGCUGUGCGUGACAGCGACAAGAACUGA